AUGGUUUCCAACCCAGUCCAAGAGAUCCACCCGGCGUCUACAGUAGUAGACCAGGACGAGCUCCAGAUUCCAGUAAGCGGUGACCUCAUCGACUUUGGUCUGUUCUUCACGGGGACACCAUCCGAUAAACAUGCCGUUGCGCUCUCUAUCACCGCGGCAUUCAAGACAUCCGGCUUCCUCUAUCUGAAAGCGCAUGGAAUCCCGCCAUCCGUCGUGUCCCGGGUAUUUGCAUCAUCGGCUCAAUUCUUUGCACGACCGCAGAAGCAGAAAGACGCGCUGGGCUGGACGACUCCACAGUCGAACCGUGGAUACACUGCUAUCGGACGGGAGAAGUUGACCACCGUCGAAGAAACCGAUAGCGAUACCCUGCGCGCUUCGGCACCGGACAUCAAAGAAACCAUGGAGAUCGGCCGUGACGGGGUGGAGGACCGACCUAACCACUGGCCAGAUUCAUUAGAUGAGGAAGGCAAGGACUUCAAAGAGACUAUGCAAUCGUUCUUCGAAAUGGGACAGAACCUGCACAAGCAUAUCAUGCAAGCUAUUGCAUUGGGAUUGAAUCUCCCAGAACAUUUCUUCGAUGAAUACAUCGACACCGCCAAUAAUACCCUCCGACUUCUCCAUUAUCCACCAGUCAAGCAAGACGUGUUCAAAAAUAACCCUAACCAAGUGCGAGCCGGUGAACACAGUGAUUACGGCUCGAUCACUCUCCUUUUUCAGGACAGACAUGGAGGUCUGCAAGUGCGCAGCCCGAGCGGAACAUUCGUGGACGCAACUCCGAUUGCCGAUACCAUUGUUGUGAAUGCCGGAGAUCUGCUAGCUCGGUGGUCGAAUGAUACUAUCAAGAGUACCCGUCACCGGGUGAUCCAACCCCCCAAAUCCGGGCUUGAGGGUCCAGACGACAUCCUGGGGGUAUACCCUGCGCGUUACAGCGUUGCAUACUUCUGUAACCCAGACGAUGACAAGUUGAUCGAAGCAUUACCAGGUACCUUUGGUGAGGAUGCCCACGUUGACAAGAAGUAUUCCGGUAUCACGGCAGGCGUCUAUUUGAUUCAGAGAUUGACAGCGACUCAUUGA